AUGUUUCGCUGUGCAGCUUCAAGUCUAACACGGAACGUAGCAAGGCAGAAUACGGUCUUGGCACAGUGUCAUAGAAAUAUAGGCAUCACUGCUGUACUAGGACAAAAAAGUGUAUCAGAUCCCAUCCAACAGUUGUUUUUGGAAAAGGUCAGAGCUUACGACAAGGAAUUGAAAGCAACUGGUAAACUGCCAGGUCUAACAAAAGAAGAUGAAGCAGCUUUUGAGGACCGCCUUGAAAAAUUGAGAAGACAUUACAAUGUUGUAUCGGAGGCAGAGAUGUUAGCUUUUCCAACAUUUAAAUGGCAAGAUCCACCAUUAGAAGCUAUCAAGCCAGAAGGUAUCAUAGAUGUCCAAGUGCCAGAGGAUGAAAGGCUUAUUCCUGAAAAUUUUGAUCCUUAUUCGGAACCAUUUUAUUUCCAAGAUGACUGCUGGGACUUCAUGAAAAAAUAAUUUUACAUAUAGAAUAAUUAGAAAAUAAAAUGAUAGUAAUUUAAACAAACUGAAAAAACACUGUUAUAUGUUGCCAACGGAUGAAAUCAUACUUUUUCAUUUACUCCUAUAAGUGAAUAUCUGUGUUGGUGUUUAUAACUU